UUUAGAGGACCAAUACCUAGUGGAUUAUUGAGCAUCUCAACACUAUCAAGAGUUCUUAAUCUGUCCCAUAAUAACUUAGAGGGAUCACUACCACAGGAAAUAGGAAAUCUGAAAAAUUUAGUGUCAUUCCAUGCUGAAUCGAACAAAUUUUCAGGUGACAUUCCUGCUACCCUUGGUGAAUGUCAAGUUCUUCAGCACCUCUAUCUCCAAAAUAACAGCUUGAGUGGUACCAUCCCAUCAGUCCUAAGUCAAUUAAAAGGUCUAGAAACUCUGGACCUCUCAAGCAACAAUUUGUCUGGACAGAUACCCAGGUCCUUAGGUGACCUUACCACACUAUAUUAUCUAAACCUUUCAUUCAAUAAUUUUGCUGGAGAAGUGCCAAAUGUAGGAAUUUUCACAAAUUCUACAGAAAUAUCAAUCUUAGGCAAUGAAAAUCUCUGUGGUGGUAUACCUGAUCUACAUUUGUCUUCUUGCUCUUUGCAAUCAACAAAGAAAAGGCAUACAUUUCUAGUUGUACCUAUGCUUAUUUCUGUCAUGGCAACACUAGGUGUCCUUGCCUUAGUCUACAAGUUUCGUACUUCGCACAAGAAAACCAAAGCAAAGAUCCCUUCAACAACAUACAUGCAAGGGCACCCACGGAUCUCUUAUUCUCAGUUGGUAAAAGGUAUUAAAACAUCAAACUCCUAAGACACUCAAGAGUUUCACAGCUUAAUGUGAAGCUCUCCGAUAUGCACGGCAUCGGAAUCUUGUCAAGAUAGUUACAGUUUGCUCAAGCAUUGAUUUCAGCGGGAAUGACUUUAGAGCAAUCGUGUAUGACUUCAUGCCUAAUGGUAGUCUAGAAGGUUGGCUACAUCGUGACACAACUGACGAAGCAGAGCAGAAGCACUUGAAUCUGCAUCAAAGAGUGACCAUACUACUUGAUGUGGCUUAUGCGUUGGACUAUCUUCAUUGCCAUGGCCAUGCACCUAUUGUACAUUAUGAUGUUAAACCAAGUAAUGUGCUCUUAGAUGCUGAUAUGGUAGCACAUGUUGGAGAUUUUGGACUCGCUAGGAUUCUUGCUGAAGAAAGUUCAGUUCUGCAACAGUCAACUAGCUCUAUGGGACUUGGAGGGACGAUUGGUUAUGCUGCUCCAGAGUAUGGUGCUGGAAACACGGUAUCGACGUAUGGUGAUAUCUACAGCUAUGGAAUUCUCGUGCUGGAAACGGUCACCGGGAAGAGACCCAUCAAUAGCAAAUUCAGAGAAGGACUGAGUCUCCGUGAGUACGUUGAGCUUGGUCUGUGUGAAAGAACGAUGGAAGUUGUUUACUCUCGGCUUCAGUUGAACCUUGAGAAUAGGAUUUCUGCGGAUCCUCGUUCAUGCAAGACAAGGAUCGAUUCCCUCGUUUUGCUACUUCGACUUGGACUGUCUUGCUCCCUGGAAGUGCCAUCGAGCAGAAUGCCAACACACGUUAUCAUAAAGGAACUGCAUGCAAUAAGAGAGUCUCUGGAGGGAAUGCAGAAUAUGAAACUGGAAAAUGCGGUCAUGUAAUCUGUAAUUUGCAGAAUAUGUAUGUUCUUGGAUAUUACUGAGCUCUGUACUGCUGGCCAUGUUGGGUACAGUCUAAGAUACUUUGUCACAAAGAUUGUAUUGCUGAUGAAGGGUCGUUCUCCCAUUAUAUUUUCCCUUGCUAAUUGAUCAUGAGCUGUCAA